UGGCUGCCACUCUCUACGCUUCGCCUGAUAUCCCUGUCGUGAAACCACUAGUGCCAGCAUGGAGAGCCGCACUACGAUCGACAGCCUUAGUAACGAGCUUCUGAAAAGGAUUUUGUGGCACUCACUGCCCGCCUCUCGGGAGGCCUGCUUGGACCGCCUUAGGGACUCGCUGGAUCCAGAUCUGAAAGCCGUCAACAAAUGGCGAUCAGCAGUGCGUUACAGCAACGAGUUCGUGACGCCUAUCGCCACCCCGCCUCCGUCCGCAGGCGCCGCUUUGUGUCUUUUGUACGCGUCGGUCUGCCGUCGCUGGCGGGCCCUCGCGAAGGACCGCGUGACCACGCUUCUGGUCGAAGAGAACCUCGCCGUGUGCAAGGAAGACCUCGCAGCUGCCUGUUCCUGUUUUCGGAACCUAACGCACUUGCAUCUGAGCGACGGCAGCGUGGGUACGCUGGGCGAUGGCUUCCUCUCGCACCUCGCCUCUAAAUGCUCUCAGCUGACGGCUCUGCAUGUGGGAUGGCGGUUCCGGGGCAGGGACAAUGGUGUCGCCAUGCAAGAGCACUUAAUAACGCCCAACGGUUUGGACGAGCUCUUCCAGAAGUGCACGGGACUUCAGCAGCUCUCCAUCUUCCGUACCCUCAAGGAUGGAGAUUUACGCGCUUCAUUCUUCCAGCUGACGCAGCUGCACACGCUCCUCCUCACGGAUGCUGCUGCUUUGGAGAACCCGGAUUCCAGAAACCUGGCUUGCCUAACCACCCUGUACAUCGGCUUUCCAUGGCGGCCUCAGCACCUUGCCGCCCUCGCGCACCUCCCAAGGCUCGCGCGCCUUCUCUUCUGCACUGAGUCCCAGAACAGCCAGCCUUUGUCCUCUCCUAGCGUGGUGCUGCCGCCCUCCCUGCAGUGGCUGGACUUCCUAAAACCCUCUCCGCAGCUCGACUCCAUCCUUCCCCCAGGACCCCCCUGCACGCGCCUGCAGGAGCUGCUCCUCUUCAGCUGCAAACGGCUCCACCGCCUUCCGAGCCGCCUGGGAGAGCUGCUGCCAUGCCUGCGCAAGCUCACCCUUAGCAGCUGCGACUCCUUGUCGGAGCUACCUGGCGACUUCCACUCGCUCACCCGCCUCGAAAGUCUCAUAAUCUCGGCACGUAACAUUUCCACCCUGCCUCCCCGUUUUGGUCGGCUGCCGGCGCUCAGGGUUCUGUCACUGGAGACCCACUCUCUCACAGCCCUCCCAGACUCCUUCUGCCUCCUCUCCUCUCUGCGGUUGCUCGACCUGAUCUGCUGCAUCAAUAUCUCUCAGCUGCCAGCGGAUUUCUCCCGCCUCGCUGCUCUCGAGGCGCUUGACAUGAGCCUUGCACACCACUUGGUGCUUCCAGAGAGUUUUGGAGAGCUCUCUGGUCUUCAGUAUUUACGCUUGUCCGACUAUCACCAAGAGUCCCUCCCACACUCGUUCACCCGCCUGUCGUCGCUGACCGAUCUUGAGUUCUGUGAAUGCAUGUUCAGGGAUCUUCCUGAUGGCGUGCAAGCGCUGCAGAGCUUGCGGGAAGUGCGAUUCUUUAACUGCCCUUACCUCGAGGUGCUGCCGGGGUCUCUUGCGGGAUUCACCCGCCUUGAAUCGCUUUUGUAUCGAGCUGAUUCUGGAGAGGUGGAUAUGCCUUUUGAGCUGUCGUUAGUGCCACAGCAGUGGGAUAGUCUCGAGAAGCUCAAGGAGCUGGAGCUGUCGGGAUGUAGGCUCUUCGCUCAGCUCUCUGAAAUGCACCUGCCAUCAUCACUGGAGGUUCUAAGUCUGGGAGACGGCCAUUAUGCAACUGCGCUUCCUGACCUCUCCCUGCUGCCGAAUCUGACGCAUCUGACAUUGGAACUGCCUGAGCAGGAACGUCGGGGGGCGGUUAGCGGUUUGACUCGGCUGGAGUAUUUAUGCCUGCUAAUGGACAGUGACGUUGUAGAGGUCCCAUUUCCCUUGGGAUUCCCACUCCUGAAGAAGCUGACGAUCUUUGGAAACGGGCUGAGGCGGCUUCCAGAAGACAUAGGCGCAACGCUGCCGCAACUGCAGCACCUGAAGGUUCAGUCCUCUUCGCUGGAGGAGCUGCCUGAAAGCAUUGCUGAAAUGCAGAAUCUUGUGUCGCUGAGGGUUGAUGCAUCACAGUCUAAAAAUUUGGCUGCUGUGCCUGCUGGCAUCAGCUCCUUGCCCCGCCUGCGCAUGCUGCGCGUGGCUGGAAGCGGGCGAGUGCUGCACGAACAGUUUUGAGCUGCCGUGCAUUGGAAUCUAGCUGGUAGAUUGAUUCCAAAAAAUCCUCUUAACUUUCCUGAGCAUGCUAACUCUUUCUGUCCUUGUGUACAUGUACUGUUUUCCGUAGGAGCUCUCCUUCCAUGUGCAAUCAUUUCAUGCGGCAGGUGUGAUUGAUUUCAUUGUGGUCAAGUUGUGUAUAAUGAGAAAGCACUAGUGUUUGGUUGCCUCAAACCUAACAAUUCAG